AUGCAUGCAGAGGUGGCACGGCACAGCAUGAUUAGCAAAGGUGUUGGGUCUGAAGACCAAGUUUGGGAGACCUCGAAUGCCAUGUGCUUGGCCUUGCUUCAGAAAUAUCAGCUGAAUUUGGGCAGCGAGCCCAGCCUGCAGAAGAAGGAGGAGGAUGAUGAGAUGGCGUUGAUGGCAGCUGCUGCUGAAGCCGGAAGGCAGCAUGACUUCAUGCGUGCCAUGUUGGUCCUGAAAAUGGGGUGCCAACAAUGGUUGGAAGACUAUGGUGGUGAUACUUCUGGAUUCAUUUUCAAGUCCGUGAAGGAGGGAUCUCAAUCGCCGGCGGGGGCAGCGAAGGAGUUCUGCGUUCGAGCGAGGCAAUGCGGCAAGGCCAAGGACCGGAAGAAACAGCAAAAGGCCAAAGAGAAAGAACGCUUGAAACAGCGCAUGAAGAUGGCAGAAGAGGCCGAGAGAAAAGAAGCGGAACAACGCAAAGAUGAUCCGAUGAGUUCCUUGCCAGAAGAUUCCAAGUUGGGUAUCCAGCGCAUGCUUGAGAUGGCACGAGAUGAUCCCCUACAUUAUUUGGAGGAUGAUGCCAAGGAGCGUGUGCAGAAAGCUCGUCACGACCUGCGCUGUAGCGUGUGUGGCACCAUCUUGCAAGAUGCGUUCCAGACGCUGAAAGCAAGGCCAAAGAGCCUGCAGAGUGAACAUGAGAUCUUGACGAUCAUGGAGAAGAUCUGCGAGGGAGGUGCCGAUCGCUCGCUCCCCAGCUACUUUGGCAUCGAUCCGCCCCCCUUGCCUCCAAGAUGGACCGACCACUGGCGUCCGGUCCGGACGGAGAAGGGCUUCGUGUUGAAAGGCUGGAAAAAGGGGGGCCGCCAAGCGGCAGAAGUGGAGGAAGCUCGCAGAGGAGGGGAAGCAAAAGCCAGUGGGGAUCGAUGA